UGAAAGCCAGCCCAGUGAAUUAAGGUCAUGUCCCUACUGGGGACAGAAAGCAAACUCUAGGUAAAACGAUCUAGACAAUCCCUUUGAGAGGCAUCUGUUCCUGGUAGGACUUUGGCAAUCAUGGUUAUGGCUGUUAAUCUUCAAGCUUCCAGCCACUGAAAGGUAGAAAAACAGACAUCGGGACUUGCUCCAGGUAUUAAUGGACACCUGCAGGAAAAAUACUUCAUGUUUUUGACAGUGAUAGGUGGAUGGAAAGUAUUGUUGAGUAGAAAACUUGUAAAGUGAGCCACAGAGGUUAAAAAAAAAAAAAUCAUGAUACAAAGCAAAAUAGACAAUAGCCACUUUUCAGACAAGGUUUUUAAAAAGUAUUAAUGCAAUUACUGAAUCUCUCAGAUCGGUAGCGAUUUCUCAGUGGAGAAAUACUUCAUAAUACCAAAAUUUUAAGAACCUGACAUUUACAGUAUUCAGAAAAAAAUAAGGAUAUAGGUCUGUGUGGGAGGAAAUAAUGUCGAAAGGAAAAAACCGUGAACUGUUGUACCAGAUAAAUACACUAUAUUAAGAAAAUUACAAUGUGAGAGGGACAUCUUGUGGCACAAAUAAAAUAAAAUAAAAAUAAUCCAGUGGCAGAAGGAGUAUCCUGGGAUGUUACCCUGGGGUCACCGUUUCUGGUAGAAAUUGUAGACCUGGUAAGAGAUUAAUUUGUUCCAGUUCUUCUUAUAGCAGGACACUUGUUACCUAUUUUCUCAUCUUCCCACUUUUUUGUCUCCAUGAGCAGAGGAUUACAGUACAGAGAAGUUCUACCAAAUCUAUUCAUCUGUCUUGGUGCAAAUGAUACUAGUUUCUAAUGAAGAAAUAGAUUAAAAUGUCACUACCAUUAUUUGACUGAAUGUGUUGCUUCAUCAGUGGCAUAAAAUGUAACAGUAUUUUAGCUGUGGGUGGUUAACACUUAUUUUCCACUUGUAUCACAAUGACAUUUCCAUAUGUUCAUAUAAAUUAAGAAGAAUACAUUUAAUUUUCAGGAGUACAAAGGGCCACGAUUGUGUACGAUUAACUGAAAUUAAACCGAACUUACGUCUGUGAACCACGGUAUAAGAAGUAUGACGUAGCCUUGCUGUCAGUCUGUUUGAACCUCUACAUCCCUUGUUUGAUUAGUUUUGAUCACAUGGUGAUAAAAGUUUAAUUAUCUUUUACAAGCAGUAGUUUUCCCAAGAGUUCUCGUUGUAACUUUGAAUGAUUUCUUGAAUACCUUUUAAUAGUCUUAGAUGAGGUUGCAUUGUCUCAUAGUAUAGAGUGGGAGAAGUCUCUAUAAUACAGAAAUAUUUUCAAUCUCUCACAGACCUCAGCCAUCUGAACCACAUGUUUUAAUGUCCUUUAGAAGUGGUUCUUCUUGGUAGGCUGGUUGUGCUCUUGGCCAGAGAGCUGGGGUAGCAGGCAGGUGUAUCUCCAGCCCACUUACCUUCCAGUUGCAGUUUACACCCUUUGUUGGCCACUUGGGUCUGGCUUCUGGUGCAGGGGUGCUUGAGAAUUAACUUGAGAUAUUGCUCAUUUGGGCUUGGGUGUUUUAAGCAAGCAGGAGUAAGUUGGCAUGAACUGUGAAUGGAGUUACUACUCUCGGCUUUGGGGAAACAACAGAAUGUCAGUUAAAGGAAAGAAACAAUGUCUCUCUUCUACAGAAAUACCUGUCAGCUGUACAGGAGUUAAGCUUGUACUUUUAAUAAAAAUCUAAACAUUGAGGAGUUUUUGAUUUGGCAGUGCAUCUUUUGUUUUGAAAUUUCAGCAACCAGAUGUUGUUUUGGUCAGUCUCACAAUUUCCAAUGCUACCUUGUUUUUAUAUAUCUGAGAUAUAUUUAAAGUUCAAUGUGUGUUGUUUUCUUGAGGAUGUUUAUAAUGUGUCUAUUUAUGCCUAAGGAUCCAGAAAUACUAUUUGAAUCAAUUGGUAUGUAAAUCAUUCUCUCCUUUGGAAAGAUAGGAGAUCAUUUCUCCAGCAGUAAUUCAAUCAUAGCUUGGUUUUUGUAUAACCACAAUGCCCUUGCCUAAAUUUAAUUCAAAGUUUAUGUUUCCUAGCUACAGUUCUAGUACUUCAAUUGCCAUGAGUAGAAAUGCCAUAAAUUACAACGAAAAUGAAGGACAAUAGUAAAGGGAUCUUGUUUGGGUUUAAGAUAGGGUGGGAAAAAACCAAGUUUUUGUUUUCAGGCUUUUGCACAAGACAGACUAAAAAUCUGCCAAGUCAUGCUGUUGUCCAGCACAGAUUUUUGACCAACACAAGCGUAUCGUAAAAUGUUUUUUUUCUACUUACAGGUCAGCUAAAAUCCCCAGUGUUGUAGCGUGAUUGCUUUGAGAUCUAGCCCUUUGGCUGCAAUUCAUUUUCAUUAGGCAUCUCACAGAAUAAUAAAUGUUUAGCUUAGGUUAACUGAAACCUUGGGUUCGUUGGUAUCACUUGAAUUCAGUGUGUAGACUUAACGUUUGUAAGGAUGCCAGUUGCACGCUUUCAUUUUUGACAAAAGGACUUUAGUUGCUGAAGAGCCUCACUCCAGACUCUUACUGGUCUGAUCAGUUCAAAGACCAAUUCCCGUAGCGUUGGGCCUGUCCUAAGCCGUGGCAGUGGAGCAGUCUGGUAUCCGGGUCAGAGAAUGAGCUUCCACAUACCACGGGAAUGUGUUUUCCAGCAUGUCAAGUGAGUAAAACGCUCUUGACAAACAACAAGAUACCAGUAUCCUGUUACGACAUCUUCGCCUUGUAUGCAUCCACGAGGAUUUUCUGGUUAAAUACGCGUGAUGGUAUUAGCUUAUGGUGUGAAUACAAGUUUAACUGCCGUGUUGUGAAUUUCUCGUGCGUUUGCUCUCUGGAAUGUCAUUGUGUUUUCUAGUUUGGUGUAGGUUGUCUCGGGGACUGUCAGGGAUAGCGAUGCCGUUGCGUUUUGUGUGUACGUAUGCAGGAGGUGCUUACUUAACCUGGAGCAACAUCUGGAUUAAUGGUGGGACAUGGUUCUCAGCUUUGCCCUUGGUUUCAAGUGUGACCUAAGCAACACAAACUACACCUAGGAAAGACAACGUUUAUUCCAGAAUAAGCAUUUCCCCCAAAGGGCUCGGAUGGAAAAAAGCCUUAACUGACGACCAGACGCUUGAAUUCACGUCCUUGCCCGGACGGUUGUCAUUCGCCGCUCGGAGAGGUGCUGAGAGGAGGAGCAGGGGCGUGCGCCUCCGGGAGGACUCUCGUCCUGACUCGGUGAAGGUUCCUUCUCCCCUCUUCCCCCAGCCCCUCAUCCCUCCUCGGCGAGGCAGCCCACCCAGGAGGGCUUGAAUAACAGCCCUCUCCCGUGUGCGUGUGUGAAGUUGCUGACAUGACUGCUGCUGGGUCCCGGUGCACCGGUAGCGGCGGGGAGCCGGAUUUAAAGGGGAAUUGUGCUGCAGACAAUGCACAGCAGCAGCAUCUGGAGCAGCCCCGGGGACCGGAGCUCCGGUUUUGACAUUGCUACACACACGGCACCAGCCGCAAUGACAGCAGCUGCCUGGAGUGGCUGCAGGCAGCAGGCAGGAGCAUGAAGUAGAGAGAUCACUGCAGUGCUCAAGAUGAACUCCUCUUUGGUUGGCAACCAGAGUGGCCGGCCGUUCUGUCUCCUGGCCAUUAGCUAUUUGGAGACCGUCAAUUUUUGCCUCCUGGAAGUGGUUGUUAUUGUGUUCCUCAUGGUGCUGAUUAUUUCGGGCAACAUUAUCGUGAUAUUUGUCUUUCACUGUGCACCUCUGCUGAACCACCACACCACCAGCUACUUUAUCCAGACUAUGGCGUAUGCUGACCUCCUGGUGGGUGUGAGCUGUCUGGUGCCUUCUUUGUCUCUGCUGCACUACCCUAUUGUUUUAAGUGAGUCCUUGGUUUGCCAAAUCUUUGGUUAUGUGGUGUCAGUGCUGAAGAGCGUCUCCAUGGCCUCUUUGGCAUGCAUUAGUAUCGACAGAUACAUUGCCAUCACGAAGCCGCUGACCUACAACACACUGGUUACCCCAUGGAGACUUCGAAUCUGCAUACUGAUCAUUUGGCUGUACUCCUGCCUGGUCUUCUUACCCUCCUUUCACUGGGGAAAGCCUGGAUAUCAUGGGGAUGUGUUUCAGUGGUGUGCCAAUUCCUGGAGCACCGAUCCCUAUUUUACCCUCUUCAUUGUGGUGAUGCUCUAUGCCCCGGCUGCUUUCAUCGUCUGUUUCACUUACUUCAACAUCUUCCGCAUCUGCCAGCAGCACACCAAGGAGAUCAACGAGAGGCGAGUGCGCUUCAGCUCGCAGGAUGGUGAGGCUGGGGAGGCACAGCCCUGCCCGGACAAGCGCUAUGCCAUGGUUCUUUUCCGCAUCACCAGUGUCUUCUACAUCCUCUGGUUGCCCUACAUAAUCUAUUUCCUGCUGGAGAGCUCCAAUGUCUAUAGUAACCGCGUUGCAUCCUUCUUGACCACUUGGCUUGCCAUUAGCAACAGUUUCUGCAACUGUGUCAUUUACAGUCUCUCCAACAGUGUCUUUCAGAAGGGACUUAAGCGUCUCUCUGGGGCUAUUUGUGCCUCUUGCGCUAGACAGAGGGUAGCUAAGGACUCCUCUACCUCUAGGAGUAAAAGAUCUUCCAAUGGAUGUCAUGUCUAAGACGCCUAUCAGCUGGACUGGAAAGUGCAGGGACAAUUCCGUAAAUUGCAAAAUAAGUUAAAUAUGAUUUUAAGAUGUCCAGAUUUGCAAAAAGGUUUCUGAGAAAUGCUGCUGACAUAGAAGAAUCAGGAGCACAUAUCAUUGUGGUUUCACUUUAAAAAAUUAUUGCUGUGGAGGAGGCUGUGGAGUUUCACCUCCAUAUUCAUUUUUAAGAAUAAAGCUGUAUCUUGACACUUACCUCUCCAGCUGGUGUGACUGAAUGGAGUGGGUGUCUGAGAGCUUCGGCAAAAUGUAGUCUUUCUUACAGCUUUACUAGGUUCUUUUGAGAUUCGUGCUUCACAUGUAAAUGAUAGAUCUGAAGUGGAAAUGUCACAGUAUAUGGUAUAUUACAGGGAUUUUUUAAUAUAUGCCAAAGUAUGUUGACACAAUGUUCCAGCUUCAUAACAGAAGGGGCCAAACAAUUUGUUUUUCAGUGCUACCUAGACAGGACUUUUAGAACAGUAGUGAACAAUGUGAACAUUUUAGUGUGAACUUAGAGUCUUAUUGAGCCAUGAGUGCAGCGAUGUGAUCUGAACAGUCAUAUGCUUAGGAGGACUGAUCUGGCUUCCGUGCCCCCUUUCUCUGGUAGGAUGUAUGUGUGCGAUCAGAGUACGGCAUCUGCAUUUUCCUGUUUGUUGUGAAGUAAGAAGAAAAACUUGGAUCAGACCAAAUUUAGCAGUUAAAUAAAACGUGUUUUGAUAAGCUAAGAGAAAAUACAUGUCACUUUAUGAUACUAGAGUUGGGGCAGCCACUCGAGGAUGAUGCCAACAUGUGAAAAUUAUUCUCAAACCAGUGGAGAAAUGCCAUGGUUUUGUAUGUGGAAAUUUUCUCAAGAACAACUUUAAAAAUAACAUGUUGUUCCCCCCCCUUUUUUUUUUUUAAUCUAAAUUCUUCUGAUAUUUUACAUACUAGAACUUAAGGGGAAAGGAAAGAAAACAAUUGCCUUCUAAACAGCUAAGGGAACUAUGUUGUAAAUUUAACUGUAGUAUUUGAGUUAUUCAUAAGUGCACAGAGCUAAAUGAGAGACAUUUUUCUUUAGCCUUCAUGGGAUUAAAGAUGGUUCGAAUAUAGCAGGAGCUAAAUCCUGUUGGCAAACGCGUAUCUAACUGGUCAAAGUCAGUAUCUGAGAAACAAAAUCUCAUUGACCACAGCUUUUUCAAGCUAGCUUAGAUAAAAAAUUUUUGAGAACUGUAAUGCUGUUAAGAAGGCAGUAUGGCCCUCAAAUUGAUUAGUUUUUCCUGGAGAAUAUCCUUGUCUUUUUACUGAUGCCAUAUUGGAAAAUGAAAGUGAACCAAGUAUUCCUGUAAUAAUGGAUUACAGUCUGCAUGGUCUUAUCUCACCCUAUCCCUGGUACAGGGAUAUCCCCCCUGCCACACCUCUGGUCUGAGAGCAGGUUAUACACCGUGACAGUCUGCAGUUCGCUUCCUUCAUUGUGCUUCCAGUCGGUGCGUUGGACUGCUGUGAGCCUGGGGAAUUCUGUGAGCUCGUGUGUUAUAGUUGGUGUGUACUGUUAGUCAUAGUGGGAAUGAAAACCUAGUAGGGAAAAGUAAUCUGAGUUUUUUUUAGGAUUGGGGUAAUUCUGUUGGCCAAAGGGAAGACUCUGUAUUUUUGUUCAAUGGUUCCAGGUCUGCUGUUGUGAUAGAUCAAGACCAUGCUCUAUUUAGUACUCUACCUUGUCCCUCCCGCAAGCAUACACAUACCCUCCCCUCUGGUCUGCUGUGAGCCCCAGCCUCUUAUCUUCCGUGCUUUGCUCUGGAGGAUAACAGUUUGUGUCUCUGUCCUGUCGCGUGAGACGAUUGCUAUGGACCAUCCUGCUUGCUGCCCAUCCACGUUAACUCCGGUACAGUCUUGUGAGGCUGCCAGUGAGGAAACAGCGAAGAAAAGAGAGAGCAGCAGGAUGAAGCACUCCUGGCAUGGCUUGUACUUGUCAGCACUCACGGAUGAUAGACAUGAGUUCCUCUUACAGAUAUGUGCGUAUACCUGUUCCUGGGGAGGACGGGGCAGAACCCCCUGCUAUUGCUGCCUAGUUUUGGUUUGAGAGCCCUGUUACAAAGCGCAUUUAAGUCGUAUCUUGGUCUGCUUUCAACUUAUUUCAUCCAUAGUCCAAACCUCUCAAGAUAAACUUCCUCCUUAGUUCAUCUGAAAUUUUAAGAACAAAGGUUGUUUAAACCCUGAUGCCUUCACAACAUUUCUUGUUAUCUUUUGUAAUAAGACCAUGUCUAGAGCCAGGGCUUGCGCUGCGAUCCUUUACAGAAAGGAUAGAGGUGAUUUGUUCUGCAGAGCUCUUGCAGUCUGAAUUUUGGUUAGAGGCACAGACAGCUGUGGGGGGAGCGAAGUGUAAGGGUGUAGCAAGUCAUUUAUAAAUGGUAUAAUAAGCUCACAGCACAUCAGCUGGCUAAUUGUUCUCAAGUGUUUUGUAGGUAUUAUGGCAAAGGUGGGCUUUGGGAACAAUUUAAGGGCUUUAGUCACCAAUAUCAAAGUGUGUGUGUGUGAUAUUUUUGGAACAGCCUCUCAGGUAAAUUCCCAAUAGCUUUUCUCUGACUCUUCACCUUAUCUAACAUUUCCAAGUCUUUGAAGUGACGCAAUCUAUCAUUGAAAUAGCAUUUGGUUAAAUUUAUUAGAAGAAAAGAAUCUGCUAGGUCCUAAAACCCCCAAAAUGGCAGUUUCAGGUUUAAGUGGAAGCUGGAGAGCAAAGACUGCUUCCCACCCCACCCCCCCCCCCACCCCGCCAUGGCAUGGAUAGAGGGUUUAAAUAGGAGCAUUGUGUGCUAGUUUUUGAGAAUAUGGAAAAUUUUUAAAAGUGUUAAGGGGUCUACAUCAUGGCAUAGAGAUUUAACUCGAGAUGAAGCAGUUGCUACUUCAGCUAUAAGCCUAGAAUUGUACUUAAAGUGUAGUGGUUGUUACAGAUGCAGAUGCAUGCUUGCAGCUGUUGUUGCUUUGCAGCUAAGGUUCAGUUAUAACAUUCCUAACAGCCAGGCUUUUGUUCAGUUGCCUUACUCAUCUCAAAGUCUUCAUCAGCUCAGAUGAUUUUCGUGAGAGGUGAAAAUCAGAAUCUGGAAGUCUCCAAGAGAUGAGGACGGAGAGGAGCUGCAGCCAAUUGAUGCAUUCAAGUUUCAUCUGGUGUUUUUACAGACACUUUAAAAUGUUGCCUCAGUAGUUUAGUGUCAAAUAUUUCUUUUUUUAUCUGUGUUAAUUUAUUGAUUUUUUAAAAAAAUUUAAAUUACUUUUAUUCUCUAAUUUAAUGUUGAUCUAGGUUUGUAUGUGAUUAGAUUAGGUAUUCAUAAUGUUUGAGUCUGUUGUCUCCAGUGAAAUUGCAUGGAGGUGAAUCUUGUUCACCGUGUCAAUUGUGGAAGAAAUAAUUUUGAAAUGUAUUACCUUGUUUGCUCAGCAGUCCAUUUAACAUCCUUUGUCAUAUAGUUAAUGUGAGGCACAGUAGUCCUUUUCAUCACAAUCUGUGCUAUGAAUUGUUAGGCAGCAAACUUUCCAGUUGGAUCACUUUCAUCAUUGUACUUAUGAAACUGAUCCUUUUUUGGCUAUAUUUGUAUCCAAGUGUGCCUGGUGCUUUAGGAAUUGGUAUCAAGAGCAUUGCACAGAUAAAUGCCACACCAAGGAAAAUACAGAAAUCAAAUUACAUCUUCAUAAAAAUUGUGUGUUGUGAUACGAUUAAGUGAACUACUUUUGAAGUUCCAUCUCAGACUAUAAUUUUUAAUUUUUUUUUUUAUUAAGGUUAUCUGCCUCACUUUCAAAUAAAGCUGCUAGAAGGUUCAAUUUGCAGGAUGCAAUUCAGUGGCAUGUUUUUAGUACCUUGGGAAGGAUUUCUAUAUGUACAACUUCUCAGAAGGUGAUAAUUUGCUUCAUCUAGAACUCUUGAUUUUUUUAUUUUUUUUUUUAAAGUUUACUGGAAGUUUAGCUUGUGAUUAUUGUCAUUUUCCAAAUAGACUGAGAGAAGAGUCUGUGAAAUAUUAUUUUUUUUUUACAAUCUCCAAUCAAGUGGCAGUAUUUUUUAACUCAACAGAUACCUUUUGUGUGAAACAAAAGUUUUGCUGUUAUCUAUUGUUAUUUUUUUUUAAUUAAAUGUUACUAGUUUCUACAGUCUUUCUUUGCUGUUAGGGGUUUUGUACUUGUUUUUAAGCCUCUUAUCACUCAGAAAUUUGUUUCUGCUAGUUGGAAUUCUGACAUGGCUCAGCGUCAGAGUGCCAAGGGGCAGUCUUGAAUAUUUGUCACAAAUCUUUGACAAGAAGAAAGUGGUACAAAGUACCAAGGCACAGAGAAUCGCAAGAGUAGCACGAGGUUGCGCAAAGAGUCUUUCUUACAGCAGACUUAUAUGAGAAUUUCCAAAUUUCAGUCUCGUGCUGCAUCUUUAUGGCAUUGUUCCUUUCCUGCUUGUAUAAAGGUUUUACCUGUAAGAAGUCCUGAAUUUCAGCAGUUUGUCUCUUCUGAAAAAGGUACUUCCAAGGCCUGUAUGUGAUGUGAGAUGGAAACAUUCAGUAUGCAAAUUUAAUAAGCAGAUUUUUCAAUAUUUAUUGUGGCAUUACCAACUGCUGUGAUGAUAACAGAUGUACUGAACCUUCACGCGUCAGGAAGUCUGAAAUGUUUCAGUCUGAUCUUACUCCACAUCAGGGUUUGAAGCUGACAGAACUUCUAUUUCUAAUUCAGGUCGGUGCUUUAAAAAACAUGUUUUUUAGGAACUAAUAUCUGAGCAUAGGAGUCUAAAGGUAGACAUUACAAACAGAAGGCUCAUCUAAAAUUUUUUUUUUUAAAUCUCCUGUAGGUAAUUUUAAUUUGAGAAGAGGAGGUGGAAGAUUUGGAGGGCUUUUGUUGUUGUUUUAACACAUUUUUGGUUCUGGCUACUUGAAGCACCUGCCUAAAACAUUUGCCUGACCUGGCCCUUAUUUUGUUGUUUACUUUAGAAACCUUUUUCUUCCCUUCUAUGACUUUGCAGAAUAGGACGGCACAUCCUUUCUGUGGUGUCAUUCAAGAUAAACUUGGAUUUUACCUCACUACUAACACUAUCUGAAGUUGGCAAAGCACAUGUUUGUAACUGAUGUUCUGCUGAGAUCCAAGAGGUGUAAAGGCCUCCGUGGUUUUUAUACUUAAAUGGGGGAAGAGUAGCUGUCUUCCCUUAUGCAACUUAAAGGAAUGGACACUUCGCAAAUGCUGGGGUGGUUCUGUUGAGGCUUCCAGGAGGGGAGAGGCUGGGGCGUAACGGCGGUGGAGAAAUGCCCAAGCCGAGUCCAUUUGUUCUCCUGGUGAAGCUGUGCUUCUUCCCUGCUGUCUGAGCUGGCCUGUUUCUUUCAGUCUCUUUUCUGCUCUUCUCUUUCCGUUCCUGUUGUGGAAAUUCAGAGCUCUAGAGAACAUGGUUAACGUGGGGCUUUUUUUAUCUUUCAUAUUCUUUAUACUAUGAAUACUGUUUGUAUGUGGCUGUGGUCUCAGGUCAAUAUAUUAGAUCUGUUAGUCACUUUGGGACCCCUAAGACUUCAUAAUCGUGUGGGCUUGAAAUACAUUUGGCUGAGGUCAGGUUAGACCUUGGGAUAAGCCGCAGCUGGUCAGACCGCUGGGCCAUCAGGUUUUACAGACUGUCUCCAUCAAAGUAAACAGCCCUUCCUUUAGGAUGAUGGGAGAAUCCCCCAUUGUGAAAACAACCCAUUUUGCACUAGAAGAGAAGUGUUCUGACUUCUAGAGGCCAAUGUCUUAAAGCUUCUCAGUUGUAUUUCCCUUAUUGCCUGUGCAUUGCAGAGGUACUGCUUUGAAAGACAUUUCCUGCAGAUAAGCAAAGGCAGACAAUUUAAUAUUAAAACUAGGUAUGUAAAAUGUUUUGGGAAGAAGAUAGCUCUUCAAAAUGAAAAUUUAGUAUGUGUAAAACCAGAUGCAGUUGUAUUUAGAGAAACUGAAAGUUGUGGCCAGUGGAAACAAACAAAGGAAACCCACUGGACAGCUGUGCCUGUGCUGAUGGUAGGCUGUAAAUUGCAGUUCUGUCAAAACAAUGGAGUAUUUGAUUUGGGUCAUACUCUUUACAAUACAUUUUUUUAAAAGAUGGUGUUUAACCUUUUUGCUUUUGCUUUGCUGCACUCUGAAGGCAGCUCUCCUGAGCCUCGGGUCUCCCGCACCCGCAGCAAACAGAUUCCCUUCAGACCUGGAGCGGCGAUCCAGCCCCUCCGUUUCAGUGCAGGUAAAAUGCGAUAAUACCAAUUGGUGUCGUGGUUGACCAUCUGAGGUGUUCCAGCAAUAGGGAAAUAAUCUGAUGUGGUAUAGUUUGUUUAGUCAGCUUUUCAGGUUUUUUGUCUGUGACACAACGUUUUGCUUAUGGAGGCAGCUUUGCUGAUGGUUCUCUGCUAAAUAUGGAUUUCUGUCACCUUUCGGUUUUUAUUCCCAUUGCAGAGUUUAAAACAAGCCACAGUCUGCGUCUGCUCUGCAUGCAUUUAGUGGUGGUUGCAAAUGGAAGUGUUUGCGGAUUUUACCCGUAUCAUAUUUGCAUCUCUUGAGCUUUAGCAGCUAAUGAAAACGUUAAUUUAAGUUACGUUCCUAUAUCCUGAUCCAGGUUGUUUAUUUACAGCCUCUGGUGUACUUUAGCAAUCUGUCCAGUCAAAACUGAUUCUCUAGCUAGUGAAUUUGUUAUUACUUAAAUUGAGAAAGAGAAGUCAUUGAAGUAAUCUUUGUUUUGUCCUGAGGACAUUGGGGAGGAGUGUCACAAUCACUGAGAUGAUCAGAGGAGGUACAGGCUCUGCUCCGGGGAGAGACCAGGAGGCCAGGUCACUGCGGGACUGUUACCUGUACAUGGGUUGAUAACCAGGAGCUUUAUUUGCUAAGAAGUUUUUAGAAAUGCUGAGCGGGUGCACAUUGCUUUAGGUUAUAUUUAGAAUCUGGGUUUAGAUAGACAAACACGUUUUGAAGUUAGCAAUUGCUGCUUGUGUGGAGGAGCACUAGACCUGGGCAGUUCCUUUGCAUGAGACAGCGCCUGAGAUACAGCAUGAGGGUACCCGUGGGUGGUUAGGAAGAGGGAAGGGAGUCUGAACUUUUUGUUCCAGCUUCUUUCUUUUUAUGAAUUUUUAAGAUGAGGAUAGCAAUUUUGUAAUUCAAAGCUUUGGCUUCUCUCUGAUGGUCAUUACUGGAGAUCCUUUAAUUAAAAUGUUAAAUUCAAGUAGCUCCUUGUAAAGAUGAACUCAAAUUCUGCUGUGCAUAUGUGAGUCAUUCUUAAAUGUUACAAAGAUCACGUGAUACAAGCAAUCAAAUGCUUAAUAAACCAAGUCAUUACUUUUAUGGUAAAUUGAAAAAAGUUCUUCUGGGAUUUCAACUGUAAAUGAAUCCUUGAAAAUCAAUAAUUAGAUUAGUAAAAGAUGACAUUUUAAUAUGCUGGCAGGAAUGUAGAGGGAUUUGUCAGGGGAAGCAAAAACAGACUUUGCACUAAAGUGGCUUAGGUAUAUUUAUAGUGCUAGUGAUUUUGUGUGUGUGUGUGUGAAAUCUUUGGACUAUUUUAAUAUAAUGUAAGGCUUUGAGCUUUAGCUAACUCAAGUUGCUCGUUUUAUGAAGUUACAUUAGUACCACACUGUGAAGUAUUUUUAAAUAUUAGCAUUACUGAGUAUUAAAAGUAUUUCAUAAAAACAUUUUUUUAAAACAUUUUCUGUAGAUACUGUCAAAGGAAUUGAUGUUUAGUGUACAAAGAAAUAAAACCCUGAGGGCUGUAAGGUACCUGUAUGUUUCUGAUCACCUCGGUUUUUGAGGGGUUAGGUAUUUCUUGAGGUUAAAUUGUUGUCAUUAAAACCUACUAAAAAUAAUGGUGCAGUUAAUCCUUUCAGAUAACAGGAAGCAGCAUUACCUCCAGCCAUGCUUUUGAACUGUCUGAAAGGAUUUGCAAUCGCGUAUAUUGUCUUCACAGACUUAUGUCUUUAGAAAUGCUGUACAGCACAGUGUUUUGCAAGUUCCUAUGCUGAUAAAUUUCUCUCCAUGUGUAACCUUUGAAAUCUAGUUUCUAUUGUAAUUCUAGCAUGUAAACACUAGAUUCAAUUUUGUAUUCCUCUAAUGAAUGCAACAGGAUGGAAACGAGUUUGCAAUUGCUAAUGAUGAGCUUUUUUACUGUUCUUAAUACUCGUGGGUAUGUCUUUUCUUCAGGGAUUUCAAAGUUGUAUUAUUACCUUUUUUAAUUGUUUUUUUUUUCACAUGCUGUUUACAAUUAAACUGCAAGCAUGGGAAGCUAUGCAUGCAUGUGCUUUUAGGUUGCUUUGCUGAACGAAAUACAGCGGAGCAAUCUUACUUUGAAGGAUGCUUGCUUUUCCUUGUGUCCCACCUGUCUCCUUGCGCCUUCACAGUAACUGGGACAGCAGAAGCCACUGGUGACAUUAUUUCAGUGUGUUCUGUGGAGAUGUGACAUUUGUCAGAGGGUCGUUACGAGGAGUUUUGUUCGGGAGACAGUCCAGCUCCUUACAGGAGUAGUGUUACAACUGGUAGUUUUUUCCUGAGUGUCAGUGAAAAGGCCAAGAAUAGACAAAUUCACAGGUGAGAAUGUGUAUGUGUGUGUUUGUAAGGACUUUGUGCACCUUUUAAUGCUGGAAAUUGUUUCGUAUUAAAAGAUGAGAAAGAGCUGUGAGUGUGAAACCCCUGCUAUGAAGAACUAUGGAAAAAAAUCCACCAAAGCAGAUUAGAAAAGCAAACAGGUGAAUUAGAGGCAAUCCAGCCCUUAAGACUCUCUAAUGCUGUGUUUAAUUCUGACACAAUGGGGAGUAUCAGGGUGUCACUUUGGGCUCCUCGAUGUUCCUCAUCUAUGCCUGGGUUUGCUCUGUUUUGUACUCUGUGGGGGAAUGGGGAGAUGGUGAAGAUGGGUGUUUUGAUAUGCAAGGCAGCUGAGGAAGAGUUAUUGUCGUGGCUCCAGAAUGACUUAUUUUGUGCCAACUCAGAAUUGUUGUUAAAAUACAGGGGAGAGGGGUACUUCUACCCCAUCGUUUUAAUAGACAUUUCUGUAGCUGAUUUUUCAACUAAUGCUAAUAAUAAAAAAACUACAGUUGAGCCAAAAAUGACAAAUGUUACUGAUUUAAAAUAAUACUUACAUAUUUUUAAAUAUUAAAUGGAACUAGAUAAAUUGGAAGCAUGUAAAUAUCUGAUUCUAAAUCUUUGCAUAAUUAUUUCCAAGAGGUAAUUUUGCUAUGAGCUAUUAAAACUCAAAAGAAAUGUAUUAUUCCCUUUGAGAUGAUCUGUACCCCAGCUGUGUCAUACAUCUCUUGGCUUGUUUCCUUUUUGCUGUAGAUGUACAUACAUAUAUAUGUGUCUACUGUGUGACUGUACAAUUACUGCCGUGUUAAAUUGAUUGUUUUGGAAUACAUAUAUAUAUGUAUUUUAUAUAUAUGUGUAUGUAUGUAUUUUAAAACAAGCAAUUUAACACAGUAGUAAUUGUACAGUCAUACAGUUUAGGGCUUUGUACAAUAUGUAAUUUUAAGAAUGUCAGUGUGGUUCUUAGCGAAUUUUAUAAACACUUUUCUGAAUCUGUUAUCAGCACUUCCCAUCCUAAGAGAAACUGCACAUUUUUCAGUGAUUGUUCCACUGGUUACAUUUUGUCUGCCGUUUGUUCUGGAUUGAUGUAAUCUUGAUACUACUAAAAUUUCAAGGGCUGUUGACGCAUUUCACAUAGCCUAGGAUUGCCUGUUCUCCAAAUAUAUGGAUCAUGCAUCAACAGUACUAAGUAGCCUUACUGUUUUGCCUAAAAGCCUAGCUAAUUUAUUUAAUAUUCUCUCUUUAAAGAGAGGUCUCUGGAAGGGGUAGCAUAUUUUAGGAUGCUCCUUCUCUUUAAAGGGAAACUCAGAAUUGAAUAGCAGUACUUGUUGAUCAGUGAUAUUAUUGUAGCCAAAGGAUGCAUGGGUGGUUUAAUAGGAAGUUUUUGCUUCAAGUUUCUUGAUGAAAUGUAGUGUUCUACGGAGCUGUGUGAAGAGUGUAGUUUUUUAUUCUGAAAUGCACUUGUACACUUUAUUUGAAAGGUCUGAAUGGAUCAUAAAUACAUUUAAGAAAUAAAUGAUACGUCACAUGUUUUCA